AUCCGCAAUUUACUGAACAUGUUUGGAAAUUAGCUUUUCCAAUUGUUUACCUUUUAUUGGGGGUACCCUUGCGGCUCAGUGAUGCGCUGGAAAAUGCAGGAGAGUCCGCUUAGGGCGCAAUUGUGACUGCAAGCCCAGGCGCUGGUACAAGCCUAUCAUUUCGUCGACCUUUUUUGUUGUUUUCAGAUAUCUAUGAAAUAACCAGUCAAAAUGCAUGGCAGUGGCGAGGAAGUGUCCACUCGGCAGGUGAAGGUGGACAACUGGGGUCCGUUUUUUCUCCAGAGGCUGCAGCACUUCUUCAAUAAAAGCGAUUUUUGUGACCUAACUCUUCAAUUCACUGGAGACUCCUCAAAAGUUCCGGUGCACAGUUUAGUCCUCAACUCUUGUACAGAUUACUUUCAGCAGUUGGAGAAGAAAAAUGGGUUGAACGCAGAUCGCUGUUUGGCAAUGCCUUCAGAUCUAACUUCUGAGCUUGUUUUGCCCAUUAUAAGAUUCAUGUACACUGGAAAGCUGGAAUUUAAAGAGACCCUCACAAAAAAAUUGUACUACACAGCAGGGCGGCUGAAUAUGCCAAUUUUGACCAAAUUGUUAGACGCCCAGGGUUCGUCUGAAACCCAGCCUGAGAAGAAUGUUAAUAACUCGCACCCUGCGAUAUUAACCAAGAGUGCAACUCUUGGAACCAGAAAAGUUUCUCUUAAAGAUUUGCCUGAAACCUUGCCUGGAAGAAGACUUCCGAUUUGGAAAAAGAGAAAGACACCAGUUUCAUUUGACGACCCAGUGCCAGAAAAUUUGGCCAUAUCAGAUAGGACGUUUGAGCAAGAAGACGAGCCAGCAAAGCCAACAAGAUUUGAAUGGCCAGAAGACGAAGAGAGUUUAAAAAAUUACUCUGAGGAGUACUCUCAGCCAUUUGACUCAAUAACGUAUGAGUCAACGCCUCUUCUGCGUCACAAAGCAGCACCAGCUAAGGUAGCAGAGGAUGAGAAACCGAAGGAUACAUUUGAAGAAGUCAAGGCAAAGGUUACGCCCAUCAAGAGACUCGCACCAACUGACUCUGAUCCUGCCACCAAAAAACAAAAAAUGAUAGAUAUUCAGUCUGUCAAGGAAUAUUUAAAGGAGCAAGCUUUAAGGAAAGAAAUCGUUGGAUCUGAGGAAGAUGGUGAAGAAGCUGUUGAGGGCGAUAGCAUGGCUAUCACAGAAACCGCAGAAGACGAUGAUGAAGACGACGACGACCAUGGUGCAGAGCAGCUUAAUCAGAGUGAAUACUACGAAAUAAACCCAACGCAAGAGGCGGAUGGUGGAGAGGAAGGAUCUUCCAACUCCGGAACGCCUCAGACAAAGUCGAUUCUCAAGCAGCGGAUUCCUGAAGAAGCCACUCCUGGAGCGAAAAAAGUCAGAUUUUCUUUCAGUAGUUCACCAGAUCAAGCACAAACUCAGCCAGACUCCGUGGUUCAGGCUGGUGAAACAGUCAUCAAGGCAGAUGGCGGCACAAGCGCUGAAAACCACGCUAAAAUCAUUUCUGAAGUGUUGAAGAAAUACCCUCAUCUGGUCCAGAACAAUAAAAAUAUCAAACUGAGGAUCAUGAAGCAAGGUGCAUAUCCAGAAGACAGUGCCAACAAGAAGGUUUCUUACGUCGUGCUGAAGGCUGGUGAGAAGGGUAACAAGGCUCCUGCCAAAGUCAUCAUCAAAACUGGAAGCAGAUCGGAGAGUAUUGGCAACUUGAUGCCAAGUGCGGUGCCUACGCUAGCAAAGCCCAAGCCUGUCUCUGGAGCAGAAAAUACGACAGGUCCUUGGUUGUGUCACACAUGUGGAACCAACGAGGACCCAAUCAACUUCACAACAUACUAUGAGUACCGCCACCAUCUGCAGGACGUGCACAUGGAAAAAAUCGACGCGCGUAUUUGCGAACACUGCGGCUAUCGCGCCAGUAAACGCAAUUUGCUGCUGUAUCAUCUGUUCACCAAACACAGAGUUGACCCGCCCCGCAAUGUUAUCUUUCCGAAAUGUGACCAGUGUGAGUAUAUCGCUCUUAGCGAAUCUCUGCUCAUCAAGCACCGGAACAACCAUUCUAACAACAAAGACUUUGUCUGCAAGAUCUGCAAUGCUGGUUUCAAGAGCAACGGCGCUCUUCAAGGUCACAUGCAGGCAAACCUGCACUCUGACCCGUCAAGAAAGAAAUAUGUAUGUCCUUUCUGUCAGAAGGUCUUUGUUCGGCAGUUGAAUUUGAAAACGCACGUUCGCACCAUGCACAAGGAGGUUGGUCGCAAGUUCGUCAACGAACUGGAGGAUGAGUCUGUGGACGGAGACUUGCAAAAGAAGACAAUCGAGCACCAAACGCUGGCGUACGACCAAAGCUCUGAAACUUUGGAUAACGUGUCUGUGGCAAAUGGAAUCGCCACCUCGCUCAACCUCGUUGAGCACCAACUGACGGAAGUGGACCAGCAAACGAUGGUGCAGACCAUUCCGAACGCAGACGGCACUGUGCAGACCUUCAUCAUCUCUGCCGUGCCUGGUCAAGAAUACAUAGUGCCUGAAAUGCUGGCCGGCCAAUCUGGUGAACAGUAUCAAAUUUCAGCUAACCAGCUGGCGGACUUGGUGCAGUAUGAUACAUGCGGUGCCGUAGUCAACUCGCUGGGAGCCACCGGAGGCCAGCAGACCAUCGUUAUUACGUCAGCGCCGUCCGGCACUCAAGAGCAGCUGAAGCUGAUUUCGCCAGACGGCAGCACAAUCACCGGCUCUCUUGAUCAACUCGCUCUUCUCACAGGACACAAUAUUAUUGUCUCCAAUUCUGAUGGCACUACGUCAUCUGCUGGCGAAGGUUUCCAGGCUAUUCUUCAGUCCAAUGGUGUGUUCACGCUGCAGCCAGUGGGUCACGUGAUUCAGGCCGACGGUGAGCCUGUCAGUGAAGAAACCUUGGUCCAGCAAGGAUACGUCACACAGGACAACACUAUCCUCACCAUGGCGCAGCAAGACGCCUUGAGCAAGGACGGAGCCGCCAAUCUUAUCCGAUUCGCCGAGAUGGACAAGACGUAUGUGACAUACAGUGAUCACCAAGAGCAGCAGCAGAUGCAGGUCGCCAUUGACGAAAGCGGCAACAUAACUGAGACAGUCAAAGAGUCCCAGCACAUGGAAGAGAUUAGUGUUUCACAGCAAAUUGCGAUUGAAGCUGAAGAACAGCAAGUAACUGAGGAACAGUUGCCGCCUGAGCAUCAACCACUGCCAGAGGAACCUAAAAAGUUUCUAUACAUUUUAGUUUCAGACGUAACUGAAACAUCAGAGGCUGUUCCUGCAAAGGACGUCGAACCUCUUGAGAUGGCAGUUGAAGAGACGGCCCAACCAGAUGAAGGGUCAACCCAGGAGGUGCCAGAUAUUGAGGACAGAAGCAAAAUUCAAGAGGUGGUAGAAGAACCGCAUGAAAUGAGUGUUGAGAUGGGUUUGGAGGCGAUGCAAGAAGAGAAUCACGCGCCGCAGCACUUAACUGAGCUGAUUGAAACUAAAACUAUCAACGAGCUUGAAGCUAUCCAGGAAGAACAGCCGACAGCUGAUGCUAACGAAGUUGACAAUGAGCCUGAAAAUGAAAGUAUGGUCAUUGAUGAAGGCAAUCAGAGUGAAAUUGUUGAGCAAGAAGACAUUGCCAGCUUUUCAGAGGAAUGCACUAAAUAACUGGUCACAUCACUGAAGAACGUGUCAUCUUCAAUGAAUCAUUGGUGUGAUUGCCAUACAAUUAUUCCAUUACUUGAUCGGUUUUCAAUUAGACGAACCAAGUGGACUCGGAAGUAUUUUUAUCACUAAACUAAAUUGUAAGCCAAACUAAAAAAUCAAGUAGUUGUAAAUUCAAUAACGCCACGAUAAGUUGGCACAGCAACCAGGUUGAAACCUAGUGGUUGAUUCAGUUGUUCAUGUAGAGCCUUUUCACAAAUUGCUUGUGACUUUGACAAAGUCAUUUUAUUGAUGAUUCUAGUAAUAUAAAAUUUUUAUUUUGAAAUUUUAAUCUUGUAGCAGCAGAUUCUGCUUAUACCACAUGACCAUUAAAUGUUCCAUACCUAUGAAAAAAAUUGGUGAUUACUUUUUUUAAAGUUUGCAUUUUCUACCAGUUGUGUACUCAAACGUUACGAGAUAUGUUUGUUUUUUCAAAAAGAAUAGAAAGCCCUAUCUAAUAAAAUAA